AAUAAAAAAAAAAAAAGCGACUAUCUCCUGUCAAGAUUCAACAAAAUUGAAAAAAUCUCAUAAAAAAAGCCACUAGCAGUAAAAGAUUCGUUCACUCUCACACUCUUCUCAAUUCCAGAUCGCGAUCUCUCUGAUUUUUGACUCUCACUUUCCCUUUUCCUUAGCUUGUCCCAUUGCUUUCCUGUCGUUGGCGGCGCUUGGGGGAGAAUGUCAGGCGAGGAGAGAUGGUGCGUGGUAACUGGCGGCAGAGGCUUCGCCGCCCGUCAUUUGGUCGAAACGCUAAUCAAAUACGAAAUAUUUGCUGUUCGAAUUGCCGACUUGCCUUCCAGCAUUGAUCUCGAAUCGUACGAGGAAAACGGAACCCUCGGAGAAGCUUUACGGUCAGGUCGUGCUUACUACAUUUCCACUGAUCUUCGCCACAAAACUCAAGUACUCAAAGCUUUGGAAGGAGUCGAAGUAGUUUUCCACAUGGCGGCUCCUAAUUCAUCGAUUAAUAACUUCCAGCUUCAUCAUUCCGUUAAUGUUCAAGGGACUAAAAAUGUUAUUGAGGCUUGCAUUGAACUUAAAGUGAAAAGGCUGAUUUAUACGAGCUCUCCAAGUGUCGUUUUCGAUGGGUUUCAUGGAAUCUUUAAUGGGAAUGAAUCGUUGCCUUAUCCACCUAAUCAUAUUGAUUCAUACUCAGCUACAAAGGCUGAGGGAGAAGCAUUGGUCAUCAAGGCAAAUGGGGUUAAUGGGCUUCUAACUUGUUGCAUACGUCCCAGCAGUAUUUUUGGCCCUGGCGAUAGGCUGUUGGUUCCGUCUUUGGUUUCUGCAGCAAGGGCAGGGAAAUCCAAGUUCAUAAUUGGUGAUGGCAACAAUGUAUACGAUUUCACUUAUGUUGAAAAUGUGGCUCAUGCUCAUAUUUGUGCCGAACGAGCUCUAGCAUCUAGCGGAGAAGUUGCCGAAAAAGCUGCAGGGCAGGCAUAUUUUGUAACUAAUAUGGAGCCAAUCAAGUUUUGGGAGUUUAUUUCUCGAAUACUCGAGGGUCUUGGCUAUCAGAGGCCAAAAAUAAAGAUUCCUGCCUCUGUUAUAAUGCCAAUUGCACAUUUGGUGGAGUUGACAUAUCGGCUAUUUGGCCCAUAUGGCAUGAAGGUUCCACAAUUGACACCUUCAAGAGUUAGACUUCUAUCUUGCAGCAGAUCUUUUGAUUGUUCAAAAGCAAAGGAUCAGCUUGGCUAUUCACCAAUUGUCUCACUUGAGGAUGGUAUACAGAAGACAAUUGAGUCUUACUCACACAUGAGAGCUGAAAAUCAACCCAAGAGAGAAGGGCCAUCCAAAGCUUCUGUUUAUCUCGGACAGGGGAGGGUUGCUGACACACUACUUUGGAAGAAUAAAAGGCAGACACUGAUAGUGCUGUUGGUAUUGGGUGCAAUAUACUACAACUUCAUUGCUUUAGGUUCUACCCUUAUUACUGCAGUUUCGAAGCUGCUCUUGGUGUCACUAAUUUUCUUGUUCAUCCAUGGCAGUUUACCAAAUAGAAUAUUCGGAUAUACAGUGGAGAAAAUUCCUGCAUCAAAUUUCCACUUAUCAGAAGAGAAAUCAAGGGACAUUGUUUUGUUGAUGGCUUCAUCCUGGAACGGUGUUGUUAAUGUUUUGAAAUCUCUUUGCAAGGGGAAGGAUUGGAUACUGUUCCUCAAGGUUGUUUUCUCCCUACUGUUUCUUAGCUUCCUUGGAGCCAUAUCACUUCAGACUAUGUUUGUCAUAGGACUUCCACUCGCCUUUAUAUCUUUCUAUGUGUACGAGAAAAAGGAGCAAGAAAUCGAUGCUUUGUUUCUAGACGCUUUCUCUAUGGGGUGCAAAUUGAAAUCAGAUAUUGCCAGGAAAUUAGUGGCCCCCAAGAAGAAUGACUGAUAGCAUUGGAACCCAAAUUUUCAUUAGCAUGAAAGGGGAGUAUUAUCAAUUAUUUCGAGCUCGUUUUAAGGAUUGUAAGCGUAAGUUUGUAACAUUAUUACUUGCAGCCCAUUUCAGUUUUGCACCAUUCGUUUCAGAACCCUUCAUAUAUUUAAGCUGUUUGAUAUAUGUUUCUCUUUUGUUUCCAUCCAGUAUUUGGGUUCACUUGUAUAUAUCUCUCAAGAACGGUUGAUACUUUUCCUCUUUGGAUUGUAUACUGAAGUUUCUUUUUGGGUUAAUGCACCUCUCUAUUUGGCUUAAUGAAUAAAACUAAC